UCGUCGGCGCGGGAACCUCAGCUGAACACUUUGGAGUCGAAGGGAGGAGCGAGCCCUUCGAAGAAGCAGGAGAAAUCGCUAGACAACAUUGUGUAAUUCCCGGGGAAACCGACCUUCCUCUGGAAUACGCGGCGCAAUUUAACGCCUGCCAGAGGAGACCCUUCUCAACGACUCUUUCGGACCAGAGACGGCGGAGCUGGAAGGAGCUCCUCAAAGGACGCGUCGCCGCCAUCGCUUCUUUUCCGCACAGCUCGCUCUGCUGUGCGACGCUUGCUUUCCCUAUCUUCAGGAUAACUAAAACCUGCCACGAGAGGUUCGAAACCAUGAGCAUGCGGAUUGGACUUCUGAGCGCAGCGGUCCUGGUAUGCCUCGUGAACACGACAAGCGCCGGCGGAAGCCACCCCACGAGCCUCGUGCGGAGUAAACGGGAAGGCAUUCUAGGGUCGCUUUUCAAACCUCUUCUCGACCUAGGCAAGCCGCCAUCUCAGUUCGGAUCCCAAGGAAAUCAGAAUCAAGGUCCCCAGGCGCCACACCUCAUCCACGGAUCUCCCAUCAAAGACCAAGGCACCAUCAACUCGUUCAUCAGGAACGUGCAGAACUCGGGUCACGACUUCAACCUGCCCAGAUCGCGCAGUUCCUUCUUUGGUCCCCUCAUCUCGACACUGAGGCAGUUUCAAAUCUGCACGACGCCCACACAAGGCCCCGGAAAGUGCCGUUAUGUCAAGGACUGCGUGCUCCCAGCCUUUCUGGAGAACUUCGACAUCUUCCUCAGUUACAGCUGUCGGAUCAGCAAUCGUCAUCUGGGCGUCUGCUGUCCCGACGAAUUCUUCGGUGGUGGAGGCCAGAAGAAACCGUUGUUCCCCAUCCUGUCGGGAAUAUUAGGAAUCAACCAGAACCAAGCGCCUCCGCCGAGCCGGGCUCCUGAUUACGACGACUACGACCCCCCACAACCUCAAGGUCCGCCCCAGAUACCGCAUCACCAGGGGCCCGGGCCACAUGGACCACAGCCACAUCAUCCGCCCCCUGAACAGUUCCCGGAUGGCAAUGGCGGCCCCCCGAACGGACCUCAAAGACCGCCGUUUUAUGAAGACGUGGAACCUCACGGUGGCGUUCCUCCCGUCCAACCGCCUGUGCAGCCACCGGUGCAACCAAAACCGGUGCAGCCUCCACCGGUUCAGCAGCCUCCACCGGUUCAGCAGCCUCCACCGGUUCAGCAGCCUCCGCCGGUUCAGCAGCUCCCGCAGGUUCAAAAGCCUCCGUCUAAGAGCCCCAGCGUGAAUGCGCCCAUUCAUUUUCCGGACGAUGAAGAAGAAGCCCCCGUGCAGCAACCGCCUCCUUCUCGUCAAGCCCCGAGGCCCCCGAGGGAUCCCAGCAAACCACCGCCGCCCAUCCCCAAUGGAUUAUCUCAGCUGCUCACCUCGUGUGGACUUAAUUUCAAAACAAGAAUUGUCGGAGGAACCAUUGCAAAGCCCAACGACUGGACAUGGAUGGCGGCGCUGCUGCGACGGUUCGAUGACGACCAGUUUUGCGGCGGAGCGUUGAUCAGCGAGAGAUAUGUUUUGACCGCUGCGCACUGCACGCAAGGGCUUCGCCCGCAGAACAUCACGGUGAGGCUGGGCGAGUACGACUUCAAGCAGAACUCGACGAGUCGACAAACCCGGGACUUCAACGUGUCCCGUAUCCGGCAGCACCGGGAGUUCAAGAAGGACACCUACCAGAACGACAUCGCCCUGCUGAGGCUGAGCCGCCGCGUCCGUUUCACCGAACACAUCAGGCCCAUCUGUCUGCCCAAGCGGCAUGAGACCUUCAUCGGGAAGCUGGCCACCGUUGUUGGAUGGGGAACGCUGUCCUUCGGCGGUCCCUCCAGUUCUAUCCUGCGGCAGGUAACGCUUCCGGUCUGGAACAACACGGAAUGCAAGACCAAGUUCACCCAGGCCAUCCCCGACAUCUUCCUUUGUGCCGGCACGAGGGAAGGAGGCCAGGACGCCUGUCAGGGAGAUUCCGGAGGGCCGCUCAUGUUAGAAGCAGAGAGCAGCCAGUGGACUCUGAUCGGAGUCGUGUCCUGGGGCAUCAAGUGCGCAGAGAAAGGUCUUCCGGGAGUGUACACGCGCAUCACAGAAUUCCUCGACUGGAUCUACGAGAACGCCGUUGACUGAAAAGCCGAGGAGGACGAUCUGUUCAACAAAAGACUCUUAGUGAAAUGUGCUCACCUUGUAACGUUCCUCACGAUCGCUUUUUUCUUCUAUUUUUUUACUGCAGAGGGUUUGUUUAUACUUUUUUUAUCGGUGACGACCACGCUCUUCCAGAGUUCAGCACGAGGUCCGGAAAGGUUUUAAAUAAAUACAUCGAAUUGUU